AUGGGUGAGUUCUGCGGGACAUUUAUGUUUCUUUGGUGUGCUUACGUCAUCUGUAAUGUCGCCAACCAUGAUGUCUCAUUGAAGCUAAAUACUGAAUUCACUACGGUGUCCCAUCCAGGCCAAGUCAUCUUGAUCGCCUUGGGGUUCGGUAUGUCUGUUAUGUUCUCCGUUUGGUGUUUUGCUGAUGUUUCUGGUGGUGCUUUGAACCCAGCCGUCUCUUUGUCUCUAGCUUUGUCCAGAGCCAUCACUCCAACAAGAUUUAUUGUCAUGUGGUUGGCUCAAAUGACCGCUGGGAUGGCUGCCGGUGGUGCCGCAAGUGCAAUGACCCCAGGUCCUGUCUUGUUUAAUAACGCUUUGGGAAUGGGUUGUUCUCCAGCAAGAGGUGUCUUCUUGGAAAUGUUCGGUACCGCAGUCCUAUGUUUAACUGUGUUGAUGACAGCUGUGGAAAAGCGUGCCUCCAGUUUCAUGGCCGCAUUACCCAUCGGGAUCUCUUUAUUCGUGGCUUUGACUGCUUACACCGGUACUGGUGUCAACCCAGCAAGAUCCUUCGGUGCAUCAUUAGCUAAGAACAGUUUCCCUCGUUACCAUUACAUCUACUGGAUCGGUCCAAUGAUGGGCAGUGGGUUGGCCUGGAGUGUUUGGCAAAUCCUACAAUGGUUGGACUACCAAACUUAUGUGGAAGCUGAAAAGAAUGCUGGUGGUCCAAAGGAAACUAAUGAAGUUCGUGAUCUAGUUUGA